AUGGAUUUGGCGGCCACCUACUCUGCUCAUUUUUUCAACGCGGACGCGCCCGCGGACGUCCCAAAAUCGGCUUUCCAAUUAUGCACGCACAACGGGGUAGGUAUCUAACUUCUAUAUAACUUACGUUGCAUCGUAAUAUAAAUAUAUAAUUACCGGGAGCGGAUUUUACUAGACUAGCAUUAAUUGACAAGAUGCUUGAAAACUAGUAAAGUUAACAUUUGUUUCAUAACACAGGAAAGCAGAAUAAAACAUUUUAUUUUGCAUACUUUGCAAUUUAUCAGAGUUUUGUACUUUCUUUGAACAUUUUGUAUACUUACACUUGUUCUUUAAUACAAAGUUUGACAUAGGUAUUUUAAAAACGGUGUUUUAAAAAAUAGUGUUAACAUUGAUUAUUGGGUAGGUAUGUAAAAUAUUGUCACCGCGUGUAUAUUCUAAAUUACCCACUCUAUGAUGAUUGAACAAAAUUCUGAAUAGAAAACCGAUUACAAGAUUCGUCACGUAGCAAUUAAAUGUUAAUUAAUAGCAAACAUAAACAAUUUUCCCAAUUUUAUUUGCUGUUUUUCAAAAAAAAUUUUAGGGACCUAUAUUAUGUACAUUGAGCAAACUUAUCUGCGUAUAGUUAGUUGUAUAGUCAUAUUAGUGUGUAUCCCUAUCCUAUAUCUAUCCAAUACUAUCCCUGUUUACAUUAAAAUAAUAGAUAGGUAGGUUUGAGUUUGAUUACGAUUGUGUUCCAGGGCCAAUAUGAUGAAAGCUGUUUGCCAAUUUAUUGGGAAAAUUUGAACGUGCACGCAUUGGUUAAAAAUGACCGGUGGUUUCGUUCCAGCGUUAUGGCCAGAAAACUGUUGCUAAAUAACGGUAAAUACGGAAUUUUGUUAAGCUGAUGUUAUAGGUUGUUAUAAGGUAUAGAUUGAUGACUAUGUGGUGUUAAUAGGAGACUGCAGAACACCUCCAUUAAUUGUUCACAUGGUUAAGCUUUAUUUAUUGAUUAGAUUCUAAAAGAAGCGAAAAAUGUAAUAACAUCAUUUUUGUAUCUGUAAAUAACUAUUCUUACCAGAAGUCAGAUUCCAAUGAAAAAAUGUAUACUUUAUAGAAACUUACCGAAAAUGGGAGUUAAAAUACAUCGACGUACCAAAUGCAUUUACUAAAAUAUAUUACAUUUUGCUUUGGAUCCAAAAUAAGAAUAUAAAUGUUCGUUUUCAGUUCGUAUAUUAAUGAACCAACAUUUAACAUGAACCGUAGGUCAAACAUUAUAGGUAAUUAAAAAAGUUGACUUUCAGUUACGAUGAGCGUUUGUAAUUGAAAAGUUUCAACGCCAUUAGUUUUAAAGCGUAUUUUAUUCAACGAGCCCACGACAUGAUCCUUAUUGAAACCAUUAGAAUUACUGUAAUGUAAGUAUGCAAAACCUCUUGGUCCUUUCCAGGUGAUAUAUCUAAAAAAAAUUAAAUAUUAUGUUACGGUUUUUAUAAGAAAUAUAAAUUAAUAUAAUUCGAAUCAUACAAUGGUUUCACUCCGUGAUCUACUAAAGCAGCUUUUAAAUCACGCACUCUGACGUUAUUGGGAAUUUUUUCAAUUUUAAAUNCCAUGACAAGUUUCAAUAUAACGAGGUCUAGAUUCUUGUACAUAGUUAUUUUUCUAUAAAUUAAAAAAUUGUUUUAGUUGAAAUGCCAAUAUUAAAUUAAUUACAUUUACUCUAUCGACAGUUUGGUGUGCCAUUCUAUUAAAAUUUCGCUGCGGUCGAAAAAUUCUAGAAUUGAUGUUUACAUCUUGACAAUUCGAUCCUUUAGAAAUAUUGUUACUAUUACGAGCCUGUUGGACCUUUUUUGUGCCCAUAUUAUAGCCGUUAACAUUUGAAUUUGGUGGACGGGCAUUGGCCGAUCGACAUCUAUUGGGAAUAUAACGGAUAUGUAAAUUCAAAUUAAACGUAACCCGUCCUUUACGUUCAACGUUGCUAUUCAAUUUUUUUAAAAUGGAUUUUAAUGGUUGUUUUGAGGUAAAUUGACUUUUAGAUACUGUUGUGUGUUUAAAUUCAGUUUGGUUAGUUUUAGGUCUGUGUGUAAAACAAAAUUACAAAAUAAAUAAAUAUACGUAUUUAAUAUAUAUACAAAUAAAUAACGUACAUUUUAAAUUUACUCUUCGAGUUUUGUGAAGGUUUUAAGCAAAGGAGAUACUUUUUCGGAAAAACUGACAACAUCUUUGAAAGGACUAUCUAAAUCAUUGAUCACUUUUUCUUUAUUACACAUUAAUUGAAAUGGUGUCAUCUCAAUCGGUCAUUUUACUCCGUUAAUCUAAAUUUGUAUAAUUUGAUAAUAAUGAGAUACAUUAAGCAGUCAUAAAGAAAUGAUUGUUUAUUGCUAUCAAUCAAAACUUCUGCUUUGAUCUAAUAGUAUUUGCUAUUUGUCAGGUAAGGGGAGUUAUUCAAUAUAAUUUUGUAUUAUAAGCAGUGGUUGUCAAACCCUCACUAAGUAUCUAGUGCAAUUGCACGGGUGCUCAAGAGAAGUAAUUACUGGGUAGGGAUUGUUAAUUGAGAUGUGCAAAUCACGAUAGUUUGUGAGCCUCAAGUUAAAUUAGAAUAAUCCAAUUUAUAAGUGUGUUAAUUAUUUGUGAAUCUGCUAUUUCGUGAGUGGUGAAUUUUCAUUAUUAUUUACUGUAUACAAUUUGGGCGUCGCUGAUUGUAGUUAUAUUAAUAAUAUAUUGUUGUAUUGGUAUGUUGUUAAUAAUCAUACGUAAUAUUAUAUUAUUCAUAAUAUUGUUAAAAUAAGAUAAUAAUUUUGAACCGUAUAAAUAAACAAAUAAAACUCUAUUAAUUGUCAUCACCAAAUAUAACAUACCCGUGUAUUGUGAAUAAUAUUAGUGACAGUAUUGUCAGUUAUCAUAUUCAUAGAAUGUAAAAUAUCACAACCUUUGACUUCUUCUGCUUCGUCAGUUUUCAAAAAUAAGUUAGUAAGUUUUUUCUUUGGGUCGUUUAAUAAGUCAGUUUUAGAAGUAGCUGAAUAUAAAAUACACAUUUUAUUCCAAAACAAAUAAAUACUAACAUCAAAAUGUCUAAUAAAAAUAUAUUUUAUUUAACUUAGUACUUACUCGUAACGCCAGGAAGAUUUGUUGGCAGUGAUCUAGGUCCUAGACUCGUCAAUGCACGAUUAGAUUUAUAUAUUUUUGAUUCAACAAGUCCUUCAGCAAGAUAAAUUGAUGUAUUACUUCCAUCAAACUUUGAAAAUUCAUCAAACAUUUUUAGGCUUCUUGAUGAUUAUAGUUUUGAAAAGACUCGUGCUACCAGAAACUAUAAAUUGUUUAACUAGUAGUUAAAUAUAAGAUAUAUUUUUCAUAAACUUUGUUUCUCCGUUAUAGAAUUGAUGCACAUCUAAUAAUACAACAGAUUAUUUGAAAAGUUUAUUUUCAAAUGUUUUAAGUGCUUGUAAUAGCUAGCGAAUACAAAAGAAAAUAAAUGAAUAAAUAAUAUUUUCAUAUUCAUGGCAACGAAAACAACGAUCAAUUUAUUAUAUAAAACCAACUCAUAUAUUAGAUAAUAAAAAUAAUAAUUAUUUAUUAAAUAUAAAACUUAACAAAAUGAUGAAGAUUGCGAUAAAGUACAAUAUUAUAGGUAUAAUGGUACUUUUAAGACAGUCGGACAGUUUGAUUUUAUAUUUUUAAAUAUUGUACACUUUAGUUCAAGUUUCUUUUGACCAAAAUUAUUUAAAUUAUAAAAGUUUUAGAUUCCGAGCGUAGCGAGUGAGCUAAAGGUUUUACAAUGCUGUUUAUUUCUUCUUUUUUAUUUCUUUAAUUAUGAUGUCAUUUUUCGAAUUUUUCAGGAGUUUUCUCAUCAAAUGAGAAAAACCGAAAAAAAAAAAAAAGGAGUAAAAAUGAGAAAAUGUACGAAAUAUAUUAGUAAAUUAUUACCAUUUUUUUUUUUUUUUUUGUGGACAACGUUUUUAUCAGCAAUUUUGCACCGAUUUACAGAGAUUGUACUUUUUUCUGAAAAGAAAUUCAAAUGGGAAGGUACUUAGGGAGGACCUUUUUGAUUUUCCCAGGAUUUUUAUCAAAAAGUAGAAUAAAUUGAAAAAAAAACUCGAGGAAAAACGGGAAAAUGUACGAAACGUGGGUAUUAGUUGAAAAAUAUUUCGGUCAUCUGUUUCCCAUAAACAACUUUUCUAAUAGCAAUUUUGCCUCAACUUAUAAUAAUAGCAAUUUUUUUUAAAUAGAAAUCUGACUGCGGGGGUACUUAAAAAAGGUUGUUUUUGAUUUCCCGUAGAGUUUUUCUCAACAAACGUUUUUUCCUAGUAAACUUGCUCCAAAUUUUACGUGUAGAAAUUUUUUGGAAAGGUUAAGUUUUCUAGAUUAUAUUUUAAAAAGAUCAUUUGUAAAUAUAUUAUCCAAAACUCAAACACGUGAUACAGAUAACUAUUGUGUGUCUGUGUAAAUUUUUAAGUACGGCUUCCGAUGGGAAAUCUGAAUUAUCUAAUAAUUUUAUCACAGAUUAUAAUUUUUCAUUAAUAAAAAAAUUAUGAUUAUAUAAUUAUACUAUAAUUACUUAAUUUAUAUCGAACUUUGUUCAUUUUCUAGUCGAUGGAUACAUUCCUCCAUGUUCACUGGUAGCUAUUAUGGGACCGAGGUAAAUAUUCGUAUCUAAUUUUUAGAUUCUGAGCGGAUCAAGGAAUGUAUUGGCUUUACAACGAUGUUAAGAUUUUAUUUUUCUUUGAAUAACUUUUUUAAUAGAAAUUUUGCUUUGAUUUUCAAGUGUAGCACUGAAUAUAAGUUUGACUGGGUGGUACUUUCGGGAGGUUAUUUUUAGAUUUUCUCAAGGGUUUUUAUAAUAAAUUUGGAAAAACCCUGAUACAAAAUCGUAAAUAUUACGGCCUUUUAAAACAUGUAUAACCGAAUCCGCUCAGAAUCGUUUUUCAUUAGCAACAUGCGAAGUAUGUUCGUUUGUUUUUAUACGUAAAAUAAUCAUAAAUUUAUAACAUUUUUAAGAACUUAUAUAUUACUGAAAUAAAAAUUUAAUUUCAGUGGUGCCGGGAAGAGUACAUUGAUGGCUGCUUUGGCUAAUAAGCUUCCAGGUAAUAAAUGCAACUAGCUAUCGCAUAUUUAGGUAUUUUCGAGUAAAUUGAUGAAUAUUUUUUUUUUUCAUUUUUUGAAUUUACUAGGGGUUUUCAUAAUAAAUGAGAAAACCGGGAAUAAACGAGACCAUAAAUAAACCAUUUUUUUUUCCAGAAAGCUGAUUCCGAUUAUUAAAUAUAGCACACCAUUUCUGAAAGGAAAUGCUCUUUUCUGGUGGUAAUUUUUUGGGAAAUCAUUUUUUGAAAUUUCCAUUAAUAUUCGAGAUAAUGGGGAAAACCGGGUUCUUUAGGUUAAAAAGAUUGAAAGAUUAAAAAACGAUUGUCGUUGGUAACUGUUUUUAAAUAAUCAUUGUUGUCAUGGAAACAUACAUUGUAAGUAUUUUACUAUCAUAUGGCAUAUUAUGUAUUGUUGACAAAGUAACACUGUCAAUCCGCUCAGAAUCGUUUUUUCGUAAGCUAUGGUUUAUCGUUGUCUGCAGGUAUGCAUUAAAUUCUCGUCUGUAUCCUACCUUCUUAACUUCUCACCUACAACAGUGGCUACCCCCACGUGUGAAGUACCGUGGUAUGUCAGUUUUUUUAAAUUUAAUUAUUAUAAUAAAAGUUAUCGCCAAAUCAUAAUAAUCAGCAUUUAAACAACAAUGAUCGUAGUCAUAUUAACGCAAGGUUACAAUAAUUAUAAUUAUAGUUAUCAUAAUUUAUUGUAAUAAUAAUAAUUGGCUUUAUAAUAAGUUAUGCAAUUAUUUAAUAAUCAAUCAAUAAUAACAAUAAAUAUCGGCAAUUUAAAAAGAACAAUUAUGAAUAAUAGUAAUAAUGGGUAUUUUAACAAUAAUAAUCAGCAUAAUAAUAACAACCAUCAAUAAUAAUAAUAACAAUCAUAACAAUAAUCAAAAUUAGCAUUUUAAUAAAACAAUCAACAAUAAUCAUAAUCAUAAUUUUAAUAAGAAUAAUAAUAAGCAUAAUAAUAAUUUUAAAAUAUGAUAAUAAUAAUAAUUAUGAUCACUUUUAAAAUCAUAAUCAUAUUCAGCAUUUCAUUAAGAUGCAUUACCUAUAGGUAAUAAUAAAUAUAAUGAUAACUUGAUUAAUAAUAAUGAGCAUUUUAAUAAUAAUCAUCAUACAUAUAACAACCGCCAAUAAUAAUAAUAAUAAUCAUUAACAAAUAUCACAGUUAGCAUUUUAAUAAAAUAAUCAACAAUAAACAUAAUUUUUAUUUUGAUAGGCUCAUUAAAAAUAAGCAUAUGAAUAAUAAUAAUAAUAAUAAAAAUAAUGUCCAUCAAUACAUUUUUUAAAUAAAUAUUAAUAAAUAAUUUGGCGACAAUUUUUAAAGAUAAGAUAAAAUCUACAUGGGCCGGACAAGGAGAAUAAUUAUCAGUUUUGGUAGUUUUAGCUCACUACAUACUAAUAGUAUGAUAUUCAUUCUGUAUUGUAUAAUAACUUCUAAUAAUAUGAUGUGUUGUAGCACAACUAUUUUCAUACGUAUUUGCUUGUUUUUUAAAUCUAGUGUCUACCCUAAAAUUUUCGCUACGGGGCAUACGUCGGACCCCAGCCUGGUCGGACAUGCCCAGGUUGUCCGGGAGUUAGAUCCGAUACUGUUAGGUGUUUUAUUUAUGUCAUAGCUUCUCUACUUUUAAAAUAAUAUAUUAACGUUUUAGAAAUAACACAUUUUAUGUACCUAUUCGGUUUUUUUUGUAUCCCAGAUUUAAUAAUUAAACGCGUAGAACAAAUUCAAUCAAUACUACGCAAUUAUUUUCCAUUAAAUCAGUUCGUUAAGUACAUUUUUCCAAUCACAUGUCUUUAAUCUUUAUAGUUGUGUGAUAAUGAAACAUAAUAUGUAUAUUUUUAAUUUAAAGCCCAUAUAGAACUCGAAGGAAGUGUGAAAAUAGGAAGUAUUUCUGUUAAAAAUUUCAAAAGCUACAAUUUUGGAUACAUGUAUCAACAUGAUUUGUUCUGCGGAGUUUUAACGGUUAAAGAACACUUAUACUUCAUGGUAAUUAUUGUACAAUUUUGGAGAGAAAUAUUAUAUUAUUUUAAAAACAAAAAUGUUUUUUGCAGGCAAAGUUAAAACUGGACAGAAGAAUAAGUGAAAAAAAUCAGAAAGCUCGGGUUUUAGCAAUUAUCGACGAAUUGGGUCUUAGCCAGUGUGCAAAUACCAAAAUUGGGUUUGGGCGUGAAAAUGGAAAAGUACCUAUUUUUUUUUUACUUUAAAUAUACAUUUUUUGAGAAUGUAACAUAAAAACGUAAUACUGUAUUAUUAUAGAUAACAUUAUCGGGUGGCGAGAGAAAAAUUGUGUCAUUUGCAACUGAGCUUCUUACAGAUCCACCAUUUUUGUUCUGUGAUGAACCUACAACAGGUAUGAAAAGCUUUACCUUUGUUCAUAAACUUUAGGUUUGAAACUAUAAACAAAACUAAUCAAGAUUUAUCAAAUUAUAAAUUGACAAUAUUAAAUUAUAUAUAUUAUUUUAGGAUUGGAUUCAUAUAGUGCCAAAAAUGUUGUCAGUGUAAUGCAACGGUUAGUGUCCGACCAAGGAAAAACUGUGGUCUGCAUAAUUCACCAGCCUAGUUCAGAACUUUUGAAUGUAUUCCAACAAUUGAUAUUGGUUGCUGACGGGAGAAUUGCUUAUUCUGGACCACCCGUUAGAGUGACAUCAUUUUUUGAAAGGUGCCUACCUACAGUUAUCCUUAUUGUUAUUAAAAAAUUUAAAAAAACCCGUACGAUAGUUCAAUAUUAAAAUUAAAAUUAUUGUUAUUAUUGUUAAUCAAUUGAUCUGGUGCAUGAAAAAAAGGUCCUUAGUUGAUAAUUUGCUUAAAUUAUUUUCAGUUUUGUGUAAGAUCUUUAUAAUCUUAUACUAAAAUUCAUUGGGCUAUACAAAUUUGUAUUUAUUCGUUUUAUAUCAAAUUUGCAACGAUUUAGGAUUUUUUUUAAAUUUUCUUUAAUUACCAAAUACAUAGAUACUUCCCUAUCUGGGAAAGUAUUAUUUAUUCAAGUAAAAUAUUUACUUAUUAAAUAUUUUUUUAAGAUCUUAAGAUUUUUUUAAUCUUUUCGUCUUUAAUGCAUUUCAUGAUGUAUACAUUUAUUUGCUAUUAUAAGCAAUUUUAAUAAAAUGUCUGUGAAGUGUAUAAUCAUUUUGGAAAAUAUUAAUUAAUCUGAUAUUAUAAUAUAAUAUCUGGUUAUUAAUUGAUUUUUAUUGUAUAUAUUCACUAUUCAGUUGUGUUGGUUUUCGCUGUCCAGAAAAUUACAACUGUGCAGAUUUUAUAAUGAAGAUAUUGUCUGACGGCAAUAAAUCUGUAAAUUCAAUUUGUGAUGAAUUUGCAGCUAGUAAACAAGCCGAAGUUAUAAAAAAUGCUAUUUCGAACGAAAUUUAUUUUGUAAGUAUUGUCUUUUUAUAUAAUGAAUAGAUACGGUUCUGUAUAGAAUGUAUACCUAUCAUGAUUGAUAAAACAAUAGAAUGAGGUAGAUUAUAUUAUAAUAAGUCGAAUUCAUAUUUUCCAGGAAACAUCAAGUAUAUCAGUACUUCAUAAUCAGUGAGUUUUAUAAUUGUUAAUAACCAUCGUUAUCAUUAUAUUAUGUUACUAUCUGAAUUACCCGAUAUUUCAAGUUAUUAAAUCGUUUCAGAAACGGAAACCAAUAAAAGAAAUUAAAUUUAAGCUUUCCUCGUUUCUAUCUUUAUCCCUAACACGGUUAAUUGUUGUUGCCCGCGGUAAUUUAUCUUUUAAAGAUUUCUCUGCCUGUGACCCUAAUUAAAUAAUAAUAACGGAUUUUUUAUUUCAUCCGUAUCACCAAACCAGAAAUCAAACGAAAACUUCAAUUUUUAUAUUAAAAUACUAAAAACCCUGUCGGUGGGACUGACUUUCGGGAUAAAAAGUAGAUAGCGAUUGUUCUCUUGUUUUGGAUGUCAAGUGUGCAAAGUAUCAUCAAGAUUGGAAUAAAAAAAAAAAUUGUUGAAUCUUGAAUGAGUGUGUUCAUGGUACCUAUACGAUUAUGAUUACCUAUCUAUAAACGUGGUAACAAUAUAAUUAAAAUUAUCGUCUUCUGACAAUCCAGGGAAGGGGGAGCUUGAGCCUAGAAGCAUCCUGGUUGAGGCAUUUCCCUGUAUACAGGUAUCUACAGGUAUCUCGUAGGUAAAUUCUAAUUUUAUGAUUUUUGUAAUUGUCGGCCGCGGCGUGUACGUUGUCUAUUUACGGUGUCUAUCAAAGACAUUGAUAUAGAAACAGACAUAAUACGUAGUACUACUAUAAUAUUAUGGUAGCACUACUCUUGUACUAGAAAGAAAAAAAAAACAAGUACGAAGGCGUAUUAUUGUUUGCGAUAACGGAAUAAGAAAUGUGCGCGGUUUAUUUCGCCACAAAACAUGAAACGUAUAAUAAUUCAAAACGAAAUCGCCGAAAAUAUUCUAAUACGACGUACCUAUUAUGUUUCCCGGUAUAACGUAUACAUAAUACGGAAUUACCAUAAGGUUUAGGGCCUAAAACUCGUUGCUGUCGGUACCUACCUAAGUUAUACGCGCGCAUACCACAACCGUUUUACAACGAAACCGGUAAAUAAAUUAUACCUGUGUACAGUCUGUAGGCCUUGGUUAUGACCAGGACCACGGUUUUAGCCGACGAAAUGUGUCGGUACCAACCCAAUAUUGUAUCCCGCAUUAUUGUAAUCGCCGUGUUAACGAUGAUAAUGUUAACCUGUUAAUAAUAUUGUAAUUCGUAACUUAUACUGUAUAUUAUAAUAUCGUUUACAGCUUGUCGCCGUUCUGGCCGGUGAAACUUUACCACCUGACGGGACGGUAUCUUCUGGAGAAAGUCCGUGAUCCAACCAUCGACGUCCACAGGUUUUUGCAAAAAGUCGUGAGUAUUUACCGCAGCGCGUGUGAUAAUAUAUUUUAUGAUAUCGGUUACCUUAGGUGUAUGCGUGUGUGUGUGUAUUGCGUGUAUGCUUAAGUGGCGCCCACCGGGGCAUUGUUCGCGAGGGCGUUUUACAUUUAUUAUUUAUUUUUUUUUUUUUUCAUUUUCACAAAUACGCAAUAUUUUUCUUGUUCAAAUCUAUUCUAUAUUAUACGAACAUUAUACCGUGUAUACCGUUAUACACGAAUCGAUUCGCGCGACACAAUGCGUUUUUAUAAUACUAUUCUGCACACAUCAGGACGAUUAGAAUUUCAUAUAGUUCCACAGUAUACGCGUGUGUGUAUCACAUUGUCGCAGUCGGCGGCGUUUUCCGUCAAACAUUUUUAUACCUAUGGGUUUUAUAUAUAGCGUUUAUGAACAUUUUAUAAACACGUAUUCGAUUUUAUAAGCGUUUUUAUACGAAAGGGAAAAAAAUCCGAACAAUAUAUAGCGGUAUUAUGCGUCGCUAUUCGUCCAUUAUACUCGUCUACACGUUUUGCAGAACCGCGGUAACGUCUCGAUCGACUUAAUAUUAUACAUAGUUCUGUGUACUGUUUAUAUAGAUACUUCGUGUUCGAGUACGCUGAAGAAGUUACGUACGGGUAUCAGUUUUAGGUUUUCUCACUAUACAUAUUGUAUUAAUAUAAUAUCUCAUAUGCCCGUCGCACACCGGGACAUAUUUUUAAAAAGCCGAAAAGUCACGAAAUACGAUUUAGAAGAAAAUUCCGUCUAAAAUCCCCCAUUCUCGAGUAUACGUAAUAACUGCAUGUAGUUAAUUCAACUAACAGCAGCUGAGGCUAAGGCUGAGGCCUGUGAUAUGCGGACAGUUCGCAGACAUGGUACGCGAAGAAAUCGUUUGAUAAGUGAAAAAAAGAAGUUAUUGGUUAUAAAUAGAGCACGGGUAUUGUAGUAGUAAAAAACUAUUGAAAUUGUUUGCAGUAUUGCACUAAAAAAUACUGAAAAUUGUACUAAAAAUAUUAAAAACUACACUAAAAACGAAUAAUUUUUUUACAAAAAAGGAAAUAGUUGGCUUAAUUUUCGGCGUAUUUACAAAAAAAUAACAGAACACGAUGACUCAAAAUUCACGGAGUGACUGAAGAAUAGAUUAUAACUGUCAAACAGUCCCAUUUUUCUAAUUAUUUUUGUAUUGAAUUAAAUACCUAUCAACUUGGAAUUAUCAAAAUAAAAAUAUGAUACCAUUAUUUGAUUUUAUAGCUAGCAAUAUUAUAGUAUAAUCUUAUCUAUGCGAUUGUCGAGUGUCGAAUAUAGCUAAAAUAAUUGUGUAAAUGAUUAAAUUCAAUAAAAUUGAAAAAAUUGUUAAUCAUUGCUCUUAAAACUUCCUGAUUUGAAUUCGUACUUACAUUAAACGUAUUUAAAACUUAUUUUUUUUUCUAAGAACGUUUAAAUUAAAAUUUGAUGUAACAAAAUGGUACGGUUUGUACAAUAAAAUACUUGGACGUAAUAAUGUUCCAUUUUCAUCUUGAAACCUGAAGCACAUUUAUUGUAUAUUGAUGGUUUACUUGAACAAUAUUUGUGAUUUUUAAAAAUAGUAAUUUUUCAAUAAUAAUUACUAUUAAAACCGAAUAAUUUGUUUAUAAUUACAACUGAACUAUAAUAUAAAAUGUGUCGGCAAACUGGUGUGUCGGCGAAUCGAGUUGUCGGCCAAUCGGUACGACACCUAGAUAGACAGAGGCACGGUAAAUUGACAACGCUAUUAUUAUAAUCGCGGUGUCUACUUUAAAUAUUUCGUUAUUAUUAAAUAAUAUAAAAGCACAUAUUAUACGGUUUUUUUUUUUUUAUAUAGGCAGCAAUAAUAAGAGUGGGCGCAUAAAUUAACACCGAGCACGCGAUCGACGGCGCUAGAUAAUAAUAAUAUGUAUGUAUGUGUGUGUGUGUGUGUGUGUGUGUGUAUGUACCGCUCGGACGACCCCACGCACCGUUCGGGGGAAAAAAAAAAAGUAGAAAUAUACAAAAUCGCAUUCAAACUACAUUAUAAUACAGAGUGUUACCCGGAGAUCGGGACAAAUGUAAUGAUUUUUGUACCGUUCGGUAUUUUAAAAAUGUUUCUUUGUCGUAAUACUUACUUACAUUUCGCUAUGAUGCUUAUACUAUUAUUGUUUUUUUUAAAAAAAUCCAUGAUAGCUGAAUUGUAUAAACAUGUACGGAGACGCAAUUUUAGUGUUACAAUUAUUGUUUACUAACUACGAGUCGUUAAUUUUAUAAACAAAUGUUUAAAGUUUACGAUAAUUAGUUUAAAUCGUUCUUAAAAAUGUUUAAAAAUUAACGGCACAUCAUUAAUAAACAUUUGUAACACUAAAAUUUUAAAUUGAUGUUUAAUAUUUUUAGUUAAAAAAAAUAAUAAAAAACUAAUAAUAAUAAAAAUAAUUUUAGCGCAAGACGCUAGUUAUUAUAACGAAAAAAAGAAAAAAACUUAUAAAUAUCGACUAGAACGAAAGUUGUUGCGUUUGCCGGAUCUCCGUGGGACACCCUGUAAUAUAACGAGACAGAACCGUAAGCGCUCGUUUUAUUAUUAUGUAUAGGAUACUUUAUGAGUUUUAUUUAUUUAUUAGUACGGUGUUUUUUCCCCUCCGUUCUGGAUUUUUUUUCCCUUCUAAAAUCGCGACCGUGUGACGGAAUCAUCGGCACCGGCAUCCGACAAGACGGUAAACGAUAUUUAUAUACACUGUUGCACUGUGUUAAUAAUACGGCGUAUAGGUAUUAUGUUAUUAUACACAUUUUAUACUAAGCCGUGGGAAUCGGAUCGUACAAUUUCCUUCGAUUUCAGUAAUAAUAUAUAUGUACUCGUACAAUGUUUUCUUGUUCCGUCGAUUACAUCGACGAAUUAAAAAAAAAAAAAAAAACAGAAAAUCGCUAAACAGUCGAACCCCUCGGCUAAGAGAUGAAUAUACUACACACAAACUAGGGAUCUCUGAUAAUACUGAUAAGGAAAUCUUUUUUUUCUUUUAGGUACUGAGCGUAGCAACUAACGUCUGCAGGUAUUGGUUUUAUUAUGGCGUAUAGGAUUUCUUUUCGCGUGUCUGUUAAUCCGAUCAUCAACUUCAGGGGUAGUUUCUGGUGAAUCGAAGAGGUUAAUUUUUGAAAUUUUCCUCGCAGUUAAAUAAUUGAGGGAAAACGAGAAGAUUUACGCAAUAACGGUUUAUGUUGUUUAUGUUAUUUGUUUUAUUGCAGUGAUUCUCUAUUUCUUCUUUUAGCGAAAUCAUUGUCUAAGAGUUUUGACCGCCAUCACAAUAUCAUGCCACCUGUCUCUGUCUUGCUCUAUAUCUUUUCAGCCCUCAAUACCCAGCCUCCCCAAGUCUUCCUCUAUUCCAUCUAGUCAUCUUUUUCUGGGUCUGUCUCAUGGCCUUUUCCCUUGGGAUACCCAUUCAAGGGCUGUUCUUAAUGAUUCGUUUUCUUUCCGACGCAUGAUAUAUCUAAGCCAUAUUGUAUCCUCUGGUCUUUGAUGAAGUUAGUUAUCGUUUCCGUUUCCGUUGUAAAUUUCUUUUGACCAGUUGAUUUUGGUGUUCAACAAUGCACCUAAAUAUCUGAAGUCAUCUACUUUUUCAUACGACAGUCCUUCAUUAUCUGUUGGGUCUAUCCCACUAUUCAUAAGCUCCAUUACCUUGGUUUUAUUUGCGUUUAUUUGUAGUCCGAUCCUACCAGCCUCUGUUUCUAGUUUCUGUUUCUGUGUAUCACUACGUUGUCUAUAUCUUCCAGUGUCUCUUCUAUAAUGUCUAGGUCGUUUGCAAAGCCGAGUAAUCUUAGUGUUUUGUUAUUGAUCAAUAUGCCCCCUUCCUAAUUAGUUCUCUUAUCACUUUUUCCAAAGCUAUAUUGAACAGGAUUGGGAAGAGCGUAUCUCUUUGCUUUAAACCUGAUUCGAUUGAGAAGGGUAAUGACACUGUAUUGUCCACUGUCACCUGAUAUUGCUUAUCUUAUAUUCAUAUUUUCGUUAGUUGUAUUCGUUUUUGGGGGAAACCGAACUCGAGCAUUAUUCUGUACAAGCUAUCUCUGUGUAUGCUAUAUUGCUAUCGUAGUGAUUUUAUUUAAAAAAAAUCGCUGGGACUUUUAACUUUUGUCAAAUACUUGUAUAACAGCCUUUUAUAGCCGUUGUAAAAUCUAACGUAUUCAUACGUUUUUUAGUUUUAUUUGGUUUUGUGUAGAUAAAAUUGUUUUGACCCAGAAAAAAUGCUCGAAAAUACGUGUACUUGUAUAGUUAUAUACAUAUAUAUUUUUAGGGGAUUGCCGUCAUGGUCGGACUGUGUUACUUGGGUACGGUACAACGGACUCAAAAUGGCAUUCAAUCGUUUCAGGGCGUGUUUUUCAUGCUGAUCACCGAGAACUUUUUCACGCCAAUGUACUCCGUGAUGAACCAAUUGCCCGUUCAGCUUCCCUUGUUCCGCAGGGAGUACACCUCCGGAUUGUACGGCGCUUCGACAUUUUAUGCCGCCAACUUGUUGUCCUUCGUGAGUGGUCGGCGACAAUAUUAUUAUUAUGUUAAAAGUUUAAAACACGAUAAAAUAAUUUAUCGUAUGCAAAUAUAAUAUUAUACUGACUAAUUAUUUUAUUAUAAUAUUGUUAUCGGGUUAUUUUUUCGCCCCCGCAGAUCCCCACGUUGAUCAUUGAACCCACGGUGUACACGACAAUCAUUUACUGUAUGGCCGGCUUGAAAAACGAUCUAUAUGCAUAUUUUCUCACGGUAAUCAUCACGAUUCUGGUAAUGGCUGUGUCCACUUCUUGCGGUCCGUAUAAAAUAAUAUUACGUACACGUAUAAACAAAUAUAAAUCAUUAUUAUAUUAUAUUACUCAUUAUAAUAUCUAUCAUCCUAUAUAUAUAAUAAUAAUAAUAAUAAUAUUAAAAUAAGGCAUUGACAUUUUUUUUCCCAUAAUAUUAUUGUUUAUUAUUCAUAGGUAUCAUGUUCAACAACAUUUUCGGUUCUUUGUCGCUGGCGUUAACGUUUGUCCAGCCGUUCGACAACGUCAUCAUGAUCCUGUCUGGUAUUUUCGUGAAUAUCAGGUCAAUAUAAUAUUUCGAUAACUUUAAUAUUAUAACAAUUAUAAUAAAUUAUAUAACUUUAUACUUCGAUAAUUUUAAAUGCUUUUGAAAACAUUUUUGAAGUUAGGCAAUUUGUUCACCCAGUGCCUCAAAAUAUGCGGUGAUACUUUAUUUGAAACAUCUAUCGAAGCUUUCAGCAAUUCACCCUUAGGUUCUUUUAUUAUUGAUUUCUGGUAUACCUUGGUAAUAAGAGAAAAAUAACGACUAAUAAUAUUCCGCUCAGAAUCGUUUGUAAUGAUUUAUCAUUCAAUCUUGUUUUUAAAUUUUAAUACUGUAAGUUAUUAUAACAACCAUCAACAACUAUAAUAAUAAUAAUCAACAAAUACCCUUUUUAAACUUAUGAUUAUGAUAUUUUUUAAUGAUAAUUAUUAUUGGUUAAUAUCAUUAAAAGCUUUUUUAAAAACAUUAUUACACUUUUCAUUAUUAUUAUUAUUACAUUUAGAAUGUUUUGGUUUUACAAAGAUGUUUAUUUUUUUAUUUUUAUUAUUUCUAUUUUUUUUUAUGUGAAGACUUUUUCUGUUAGAAAGCUUACUUCGAUGCAUAAGAUGUAGACUUUUUUCUCAAAGGAAAUUUUCUUGGGGAAGCCAUAAGCUUUUUCGCUCAAUUUAGAAACUAAAAUAAUGACCAUAAAAAAAAAAAAAAAAAUAAUAAUAAUGAGCACUUUAAAAAUCAUGAUCAUAAUCAGCAUUUUAAUAAUAGGCAUAAUAGGUAAUACGAAAUAUAAUGAUUACUUAAAUAAUAAUAAUCGAAUCAGCAUUAUUAUUAUUAUUAAUAAUAAUAAUCAUCAACAUAUAUCAUAAACAAUAAAAUAACUAAUAAUAAUCAUAAGUUAAUAAGUUAAUGAUUAUUAUUAUUAACGAUGGUUGUUAUACGUAUGCUGAUUAUUAUUAUUGUUGGUUAAUUUUAUUGAAAGUAUUAAUGAUUUUUAUGAUGCUGAUUUGAUUAUUACUAUUAAAAUGCUGAUUAUGAUUAUGAUUUUUAAAGUACUCAUUAAUAUUAAUAAUAUUAUUAUUAUUGAAAUAAUUAUAAUCAUUAUUAUUUUAUAUUCUGAGUGGAGCGAAGAAGCUUAUCGUUUUACAAAGAUAUUUUUUUUUUUUUUUUAGUUUUUCACAUUUGUUGAGAAAAACUCCCCGGGAAAUCAAAAACAACCUCUUUUAAGUACCCUCGUAGUCAGAUUUCCUGAUUUCCUUUUUAAAAAAUUGCUCUUUUUAUAAUUCUGAACAAAAUUGUUGGUAGAAAAGUUGUUCACGGGAAAAAGAUGGUCGAAAUAUUUUUCAACUAAUAAUCACAUUUCGUAUAUUUUCCCGUUUUUCCUCGCUUUUUAUUUUCGAUUUAUCCUACUAUUUUUUUUAUAAAAAUCAUGGGUAAAUCAAAAAAUGACCUUCCCGGUGGAAUUUAUUUUCAGAAAAAGUACUAUCAUUGUAAAUCGGUGCGAAAUUGUUGAUAAAAAAGUUGUCCGCAAAAAAAAAAAAAUCGUAAUAUUUUACUUAUAUAUUUCGUACAUUUUCUUUUUUUCCUACUUUUUUUUUCAGUUUUUCACGUUUGAUGAAUUGAACCCUAAAAAAAUUUAAAAAUGAUCUUUCUCAAGUACCACCCUAAGAAAAUUUCUUUUCAUAAAAAAGUUCUACAUUGAUUACAUCAGUAUACAUCUUUUUAGUAGAAAAAGUGUUAACAUGAAAAAAAACAAAAAUAAAAAAUUAUUAUUUUUGUAAACCCAAUACAUUCUUUGCUACAUUCAAAGAGUCAGAUAUACCAUUUAAACUCUUUUUGAAAACCUAAAAUGACUCCCCUGCAGUGGUGCAACUAUGGCCCCCCCCAGGGUGUUUUGGGUGUCUAAACACCCCUUCAUAUCCGUGACAAUAUAUAUGGUUUAAAACCAUGUUUUUUUUUAAUGUAGACAUGUGACACCCCCUUUCAAACAAUUCCAGGUUGCGUCAUUGCUCCCCUGAUAUUCGCAUCAUCAUCGUACUAUAACGCGUUAUUAAUUUUAUUCCAAAUUGGGAUCGCUUUAUACUAUACGGUUUUCGAAAUAAUUAUUAAUCGUUAAUAUUUUCUAGGAGUAUACCGUGGUAUCUGCAUUGGAUUGUGUUUAUAUCCUGGUUUGAGCUCGGGUUCGAAGCACUCACCAUUCUACACUGGAAAGACGUCGAUUACAUUGGUAAGUAAACGAACCAUCCGAUUUCAUCAAAAUUUAAUAAUUAAAUGAUCCUAUAAUGACGUAGCCUAUAUUAUAUUGUUGUGCAUUAUAUCAUAACGAUUUUACGUGUAAUUUAGCCUGUAGCCAGGAUCCGGACGUGCCGUGUUUGAUGGACGGCAGUGACGUUUUAGAUAAAUACGAGUUCACGGUGUCCAAUCUGAUGCCGCACAUUUAUUUGAUGGUUUGGCUGUUCGUCGGUUUCCACGUCAUAUCAUUCGCGUGUUUCGUGACAAGAGCCCGCCUGAAUAAAUUGUCCUAA